AUUGACAUUAGUUGUGUCACUUGAGUAAUAUCGCUUGGUUCUUUCAAAUAUCCUGACCCCUACGCGUUGCACAAGAUUCGGGUGCUCCGGUUCGUUCGUCAUGGGACUGACGCGGGCUAAGGUGCCCCUGGAUGUUAUCGUUGUUGGAGUAGGGCUCGGGGGCGUGGCUGCGGCCCUGACUUUGGGGUUGCGGGGACAUAAUGUUAUAGUGCUAGAGUCAGCCCCAAAACUUAUGGAAGUUGGAGCCGGUAUCCAGGUGUCUCCUAACAUGCUAACCCUGCUGGACCGAUGGGGCGUGUCUCCCUCAAUACACGCUCGAGAUGUCUCCCUAGAACGCAUCCACAUCCGCCGCUGGCAAAACGGACAACUCCUCGGGACUAUGCCCGUCAACAAGACACACGGACAGCAAGUCGUCAUCCACCGCGCAGACCUGCACAAAUCACUAGCCGACAGCGCAUUAGCACUACCCAACGUAGAGCUUCGCAUCAAUUCAACCGUGUCGGGGGUUACGUUCAGCCCGGUAUCGGUAAGUCUAACCACCGGCACAGUCAUCACAGGAGACGUGGUCAUCGCCGCCGACGGCAUCAAAUCUACCGUCCGGGGUCAUCUGCUAGGCGACGGAUCCAGCAGCCCCAUCCCAACAGGAGACGCCGCUUACCGGAUUACCUUGCCUCGAAGCACAAUGGAGAGAGACCCCGACCUGAAGCGCUUGAUCGACGAACCGGCGGCGACGCGGUGGAUUGGCCCUGCGCGGCAUAUUGUCGCUUACCCACUCCGUAAACACGAGCUGUUUAAUGUGGUUUUGGUGCAUCCGGAUCGGCGCGGGGUGGGGGAGUGUUGGACGACACGGAGCCCGAAGCAGAGUAUGGUCGAUGACUAUUGCGGUUGGGACCCUGUUGUGACCAAGCUUAUUGGUUUGGUUUCUGAGGAGGAAGUCCCCGAGUGGAAGCUGUGUUUGCAUAGACCGUUGAAGACAUGGACUAGGGGGUGUGUUGCUUUGAUGGGCGAUGCUUGUCAUCCUAUGCUCCCCUACAUCGCCCAAGGCACCGCCCAAGCAGUCGAAGACGCCGCCGCCCUUGGUAUCCUCCUAUCCAGCAUAUCCACCCGCUCAGAGAUCCCCCUCGCCCUCAAAGUGUACGAAAAAUCCCGCAAGCGGCGCGCAGAGACCGUCCAGCAGUCUGGAUCCGACAACCGGAUCACAUUGCACCUCCCGGAUGGUCCUCAGCAAGAAGCUCGCGACAAACAGUUCCGAGCUUGCAGGUUGGGCGGAACGAACCCUGAUCGGUGGUCUGACCCUGAGAUGCAGCAGUAUCUGUGGGGGUGGGAUGCGGAGAAAGCGGCUUUGCAGGCUUGGGAUGAGAGGAGGGGACGUGUGUUAAGGGAGAUGCGGCAUCGUUUAUAACAUGUCAUCUGUGAGUAGCGAUAUAGGCAUAUAUGCGUGUGUUUGUAGUUACAUAGACAAUUCGAUGCAUUACCGAUG